UGAAAAUGGUAAUAAAGAAGUGAAUAUUAUUAUAGGAAAGCAUUCAAAUGGAAAAUAAAUAAUGUUUCGUUAUUCUUGCAAUACUUGAUCAUAUUCCCAUGAAGCAGACGUUGUCUCUCCUGGAGAUUAAUGCUAGUUUUGUUAAUAACUAUUACUUGUAUGAUCGUUAUAUGCAGAUACUUGAUUGUGAAGAGAAUUUAGUCUAAGCAAGCACCAAGAAUGUUGUUUCAAGUAAUGUCGUCACUGGAAAUUACACACACUUUGUAAGCCAAUGAAUGCUAAGUUCAGUUUUCCUGUAUUUAUGGACACAUGCAAUCAUUACAUUCAUAAAAGUCGAAAACUAGAUAAAAAGACACCUGAUAUUCAAACAAAAGAUCCCGCUGACAUGGAGAUGAAACAUCAUCAUUCAGCGUAUAAUGUAAAAGAUCAUGGAUCUAGUAGUAUGAUUCAUGACGAUACAAUUCAUCAUGUACAGAGUAUACCAUGGGAAUCUGCUAACAGUGAUACAAGAGUGGAUCCUUAUCUUUGUGAUUUAGAUUUAGAAUUAUGCAAUCGAUCGAAUUAUGUGGAUAUUUAUAAUCCUAAUAGUAGUUCCGAUUACAAUAAAUUAUCAAGUAAUACCUCAGUGGAAUAUAAACAGUAUCUUGUACCACCACAACCUCAGGAAUGUACACAACGACGAACAUCACUGCAUGGUAAAACAAUCACUGUACGUAUCAGUCGUAAUGAAACUAGAUAUCGGAAGUUACAAGCAAAAAUUUAUAACUUUCUUGAAAGACCUAAAACAUGGCCAUCUGUGAUAUAUCAUGUAAUUGUAUUUGCUUCUGUAUUUGGAUGCCUUGUCCUAAGCGUGUUAUCCACUAUUCAUGAAUAUACAGAAUCGGCUGGAAGAAUUUUAUUAUAUAUGGAACUUGUAAUACUAUUUUGGUUUUUCGCUGAAUAUUGUUUACGUCUAUGGAGUGCUGGAUGUAGAUCCAGGUAUCAGACAUGGCGUGGAAGGUUGAAUUUUGCAAGAAGACCUUUUUGUAUAGUUGAUGUAAUUGUCAUAGUCGCCAGUGUAAUAGUCUUGGCUGUAGACAGCGACAGAAAUAUGUUUGCUGCUAGUGCACUUAGAGGAUUGAGAUUUUUUCAGAUUUUGCGUAUGAUACGUAUGGAUCGUAGAGGUGGAUCAUUUAAAUUGCUAGCAUCUGUUGUAUGGGCACACAGACAAGAAUUAUUCACAACUGUAUAUAUUGGAUUUUUAGGUCUGAUAUUCAGUUCAUUCUUAAUAUUUCUAGUGGAGAAAAAAGAGAAUGAGAAAAUUCGUACCUAUGCUGAUGCUUUAUGGUGGGGUGUAAUAACACUAUGCACAGUAGGUUAUGGUGAUAGUGUACCACAAUCUGGUUUGGGCAAAACUAUUGCAGGAUGUUCAUGUUUGGCUAUAAUAUCAUUCUAUGCAUUACCACCGAUAACUCUUUGUACAGUCGGUUACGGGGAUACAGUGCCUAAAACAUGGAUGGGGAAAAUUAUUGCAGCAUUUUGUGCAUUGGCUGGUAUCUCCUUUUUCGCCCUACCUGCUGGUAUACUAGGUAGUGGUUUCGCUCUCAAAGUACAGCAGCAUCAGCGACAAAAACACUUAAUUCGAAGAAGAGUUCCAGCGGCCACAUUAAUCCAAUGUCUAUGGAGGUGUUAUGCUGCUGAUCCGCAUUCAUCAUCUGCAGCAACAUGGAAAAUUCAUAUGAGACCUUUACGGAAGCCUGUUGGUUUAACAAAUUCUUAUUCCAUGAUUGAAAGGAGUGGAUUUUCUCGAUUCAGUCGUUUUUCAACAUUAAAACGGCGUUCAGAUAAGAUUCAUUCUGGUACAAAUACAGGCGGGAAUAACGCUGCACCGACUGUAUCCUCAGAUGAAACAAACACUGAUUUACCAAGAUCUGCACCUGCGAAACCUGAAGGUUUAGACGCCAUGUAUACAUUUAUAAGUGAUGAAGAGGCUGCAAAAAUGAAGCAUAUUCAACAAACUCUUGAUCAUGAGAAACCACAGAAUCCAGAUGGAAAGUUGGAGAAAGAAUCAGAUGAACUGCUGGCAACAUUUAGUCAAGCACAAAUAGGCAAUGUUCAAGCAAACGUUAUUGAUCCACUGUCAUCAGGUGACCGAGAAUACAUCGGUCUAUCAAAACAAAGACGUCAGUUAACAACGAAUGGACAGAAUUAUACUAAUCAACCUAUGCUUCAACAAGAAUCAGUCUUGUGUACCUCACGAGGUUCUGAAGUUAUUAUGCACCCGCUGACAGAAAAAGAAAAAGUUGCUGUUCGAGUUAUUCGUAAAUUAAGAUUUUUUGUUGCACGUAGAAAGUUUCGUGAGGCUCUUCGACCAUACGAUGUAAAAGAUGUGAUUGAACAAUAUUCAGCUGGACAUGUUGAUAUGUUGGCUCGUGUAAAGACACUUCAAGCAAGGUUGGAUCAAAUUUUAGGACGUCCUGGUUCAAAAAAUGAUGAUGUCUAUGACUCGCAUUUGUGUUUAGCUUCAAGAAUUGUGAAAAUUGAACAUAAGAUUGAUACAGUUGAAAUGAAACUUGACAGAUUGAUUAAUUUGUAUAAAGCUGAUCGUUUCAUAAAAUAUCAUGGUCAAAUGGGAAAUACUAGUGUCGUUGGUAAACGCCUACUCCGAGGUGGUGAGAAAAAUGUUCAAGAAAAAUACGUACAAUAUUCUGAUACACAAGAUAAAUCCUAUCAUGAACAAAAAUCUAUGAUGACUUCAGCAGCAGGUCAAAAGGUGCAAUUACUAGAAGAUGAUGGAUAUACAAUCCGUGACAAGCCAUAUAUUAGAUUUGCAAAUCAGCGAUUACCUAAGUCGGAAAGAAAUUCACGUAUCGUCAGCUCUCCACUCGCUUUAACCAAUGAAAGAUGGAGAAGUUUCGAGUAUGAAACACCUAACACUAGUGCAUAUCAUUAUAGUGAACCUAUGAGUAAAGAGUAUAAUGCGUCUCAUAGAAGUAGUCAUCCACACCCGAUGUCUUUAAAACCACAUUUCUCUUGCAGUACUGAUAAACUACCACCAACAUACAACAAGCAUACCUAUCCUCUCCAGUCUACAUCUUCAGGUAAUUUAAUACCAAGUGGACGAGUAAUGUCCACUUUUUCAGAAAGCUGUUUAGGCGCAGUUAUUGACGAUGCUGAUGAUGAUCAUGACGAUCGGCCUAAACAUCAAGAAGUUGUUAACAAGGCGUAUCACCAACAACCCUCAGAUGAACUUUACCUAGAUGAUUUACUCAAUACUUGUAAUCUUACAGAAAGUAUCAGUUCAAUUAAAAUACCAGAUCCAUAUGCAUCACCGUCUAAAUCAUGUUUACGUAGACAAGAUGAAAUUGUCUCUCCUACAGAUUGUCAAUUUAUUGAUGAUGAUGAAAAAAAGUCUUUAAUCAGCUCAUCGGAUAAUGUUCUUGUAGAUAGUGUAAAAAGUCCUCAAGAUGAGAAGGAUGUCAAUGAUGAUGAAAGAGCUAUUCGUAACAGUAUUUAACUUUUACUACAUUUUUAAAUUUGUAAUAAAUUUUUAAAUGAGUACAAAACGUUUACCAGUCUUAUUUUCAUUUUUGUACUAACUAACUAAGUAACUAACUCAAAUAACAUUACCUACUCUGAUUAUCUUAUUUCUUUUAUUUUUGUCGCAUAGAAUCAAAAUAUAGUUCUAUAAUGUUUUAAUUUUAGUGUGAAACAAAUUUUUGUCAGUAGUUUUUCCCCUUUUUUGUAAAAAAAACAACAUAGACACCAUUUUUUGUUAUAAUUUUGUAUUCUUGACUCUUCAUUGUCUUGUAGUCGUUUCACACUGUUUACCAAUCUGUAUGUAAAAAUUAUCUACGUCCACUGAAUCCUAACGACACUAAAAUGUCUUCCUCAAAAACAGUUUAAGAAACCUCAUCUGAACAUAAUUGUGCAGACUGUACACACAACACACUUCUUAUUCCUCAUUUCUUUUCACUUUAUCAAAAAGUAAAAGAAAAAUAAGAGACUAACUAUGGAACAGAUUCAUACCUGUAUUCUUCUUCUGCAUCUCCUUCUUCUUCUCCUUUUUUUCAUUUCACCAUGUUCUAUGAUAAAUAUUUUUUAGAUAAAUUCUAAAAGCAUGUAAAUAAACCCAUAGGAGUGUGAUUG